UUAUCAAUGGUCCCAAGAUAAUUAUGAAUAAAUAGCUGACCGUAAGAUUAACAAUUUAUUACUGCCACAGUUAGUAUCCGUGUUACAAUCCAACGACACUAUUCAGUAUGUUAACGUUAGUGAUUCUCAUUUUUAGCACGUUGAAUGUUGUUUUGAGUUCUUGUGAUGACGAUUAUUAUGUACCGGAGCCAAAAUUCGAACUUCUGUUUCCUAAGGGAUUCAGUGUAAAAAUACCUCACAGUGAGGGGAUAUCUAUAUUUGCUUUCCAUGGAAAAAUUAACGAGGAGAUGGGUUUUCUUGAGGCUGGAACGUUUUCUAAGGAUACUUGCCGAAGGAGUGGAGACUACUGGAUAUUUGAAGAUCGCCAAACAAAUUUAAGAGUUGGCGAUAAAAUAUAUUAUUGGCUGUUCGUGGUCAAGCAUUCCAAAGGCUAUAGAUAUGAUAAUGGAGAAUUUACGGUCAGAGACGACACCCCUUACAGGAUCGACGGCAUCCAUUCAGGUCCCACGGUUGGUUCAUCAGCGGCUACAGAUAACGAAGACACAACAAAAGCUAACGAGAUAUCCACCACAGCCACGGAACCGAUCAACACGAGCCGGCAAUGCAAGAGUGCCAUACUGAAUAUAACCGACGCACUGCUGAAGUUGAGGUCUGAAGUGAACUCGUUAAAAGAUACAAACGAAAUAUUGAGGGAGAUAUCAGAAAAACACCCCGAAUCGGCGAGGACGCUCAAAGUCGAGGGUAGAAUUCCUUAUAACGAGGAUGCCCUAGGCACAGUCAAAGGAAUUAUCGAACAAAAGCUGCUUCUAUCAAUCGAAAUUGCGAAGGCGAGGAGAAAUAAUGAUAGGAGUAUUACUUUCCAAACGUCCAGCGUGGAUGAUAAAGUACAAAUCAUCAAAGCUGCGAAGGAAAAAUUGAGAUACUCGAAAAUUUAUAUCACCUAUUGAUAGAGAAGGAUUUCUUUCACAUUCUUCGUGAGCUGAUCGUACUUCACUUCUUCUUGGAGCGUGAAGAAAUUUCUCAUUCAAGUCUAUUCUCGCAGUUCGAAGAGAAGCUGAUGUUGGAUAAGGUUAUGAAACGAAAACGAUCUCUAUUUAUUAUUUAUUUUUAUCAUUCUAUCGCAUAAUCCCGUAAAUGUGUCAUGAAAUCUCUUCAAUUUGGAUUGGUUAGAUUCUAUUGAAGUACAAAUGUAGGAAACUGAAGAAACAAUGAGAAAAGAUUUACUCAAAACCACUACAAAUAUUUGCUUUCAUUAUGAAUACUACUUUUAAGAACAUCUAUUUGCAGAGUAGUAUUUAUCAACUCUUGACUGGCAUAUGUAUAAAUCUUUUUCAAUACGAAUCAUUUAUAUUGAACCGCAUUUACUGCCAAUACAUUAGUUAAUCUACCUUUUCAAAUGAACAUUCAAAUGCUGUAGCCAAGGAUUUUCAAGCUUGCAAAACAUAGUUUUAUAUGUUCAAAUUAAAAUGAGUGUGGCAGCAAUUCUGUAUACUCACCUACUUGUAUCGCGUUGUAAUAAUUCUUCUUUAGAUAUCGGUGUCAAAACCAAAAAAACCGAUAACUUUCUUUGAAAUUUGUGAAGACAACAGUAUUCAUAGUAUUGUCUGUACUAAAUGUUGUAUUGUCUUUGUCUACUUAGCUGAUAAAAAACGUAUCGAUGUGAAUAAAUCCAUAUUUUAGGAUGAGGAAUUAUUACAUUUAUUGAACUAUAUCGCAUGUUAUAUUUAUUUUCAAGUAUUUUUGUUCUACAAGUAUUGAAACAACAAAAUAAGUUAGCCAAUCAUAAUAACCCAGUUAGCAUAGACAUUACACAAUUCAGUAGGAUGGAUUAUUCGAUCUCAGGUUUUUCAUUUUAUUAAAGUUAGAUUAUAAAUAUUUUAUUUUUUAUGUAUGUUGUACUUAUAAGGUAUGUAAAAUUCGAAUAAAAUACAAUCUUCCUUUUCA